AUGUCAACCCCCACAUCGAACAUCCCCGCGGUGUUUGAGGCUCGCAAGAACAAGAUCCUAGAGGAAUUGUCACUGCCAGAUGCCGAGUACACGGAUGCUUCACCGAAAGGCUCGGUAGAUGAGGGCAUCCGCGAUCUGAUCCGUGACAUUAAUGCCGUGCCUGGCCUAGUCACAACCAGCAGUUGUGCAGGUCGUAUCAGCGUGUUUCUGGAGGGCAGGAAGAAGAGCGACACUUCUGUACCGGAAGCACAGGCACCUGAACAGGCGCAAAGACAGUUCGCUCAAUCUGGGGGUAAAGGUACCGGUCGCUGGCUGUAUGUUUCCCAUGAUCCUCUUAUUCUACCUGAGAUCAAUGUUGCAUCGUCUGGGGUAGGGUCAUUUCCAUUGCAUGACCAGUUUGAUUUGGUUCCUGGAGAUGGAAAACCACCUGCGGGAAAAGCGUUGCAACUUGUUCGUUUUCAUUUCGAACCAUUGAUCCUCCACAUAAUGGCAGCUACCCUUCACCAGGCUCAGCCAGUCCUGGCGAUAGCAGCUGCAUCUGGAUUCCGUGAAAGUGGUCUGCAAGGCUUGCGCUGCUUAGAGGGUGAAGAUGGACCUAGCCCUGUUGUUGCGGUUCGGUCAUCUGGCCUUUCGCUGGAAUCGGUGAUUGGGUACUAUGACGACAAGGAUGGUAGUGCUGCGGAGCCUGUGAUACGCAGUCUGGUCACAGAGGAGUAUCUCGAGAUGUUGGUUAAGAUGGCUAAUGAGCGGUUUGCGGUCAAUGCGGAUCGGAGGGAACGUUUCCGAGUGGGUUUGUUAAAGACUUGCUCUCCUGAUCAGACUCAGUUUUCUGGUAAGGGGAAAGGUAAAGGGAAGCCGGUUGACUGGGAAGAUCCCGUGGUUAGAAAAGAGAGGAUGCGAGCGGAAGGGUUGAUGAGGAAGAAGCUUUUGGAUAGCCAAAAAGCACCAGAGCCUGCUGGACAGGACCUGCCCGAGAACUCUGUACCUACAUGA